ACGAAGCUCAGUUUGGGUUUGGAGGGAGGGUUUUAUGAUAAAGUCGGAAACAACAACAAUGGCAAUUUAUCUCAAUUUCUAAACCAAAGACAAAACUGUAACCACAACCAUGUCCACCACAAUUCCAUCCCUCCUCACCUUCAAAUCCAAACUUUCAUUCUCACUCCCCUUCCCACGCCACCACCAACAAUUCCCAACAACCACCACAAAAUCCCAACCUUUUAACCCUCAAUUCACUCCUAACCUUAUUGGGUUUUCCCCCAAACCAUUCAGAUUUGCUCCGGUGAAGCGUUUUGCCACAAAUAACGAUGAAGCUGAGAAGGAGCCUAGUACUAUGCCGGGAAGGUUUAAGGAUUAUAUUAAACAAGCUCCUGAAUCUCCUUUCAAGUGGCCCAUGUUUGUAGCACUGGCUUUUCUCAUCUAUGCAUGGAGAGCUGUUCUAUUUGAACUGUCAAACUGGAAGAACGCUGCAUUUGGAAUAGUUCGAUUCGUAGGUAUUGUCUUGAAAUAUGCUUUUGCAUUAGUCUAUCGAUUCAUAGGAAAUCCGAUCACUUUUACAAUCGGAUCCAUUGAGGAUUUGAUUUACGGCGUUCAGGCUUUUUACUCUUGGAUAAUUACCAGUGCCCCUGUACCAGACUUGACCCUCGUUAUCGUCCUGGCAUCAGUUGUUUUAGCUGUUGCCGAAACUAUUAAUCCAAAUUGUAUCAGCGAUCAACCUUAUGUUCUGACCGUAACUGGUCUUAUUGGCUAUGCCGCUGUUAGAGGAGUUAUUUCUGAACCACUGUUCUGGACCCUUCUGGUUGGGAUCUAUGGCUUUUCAAAAUUUAUGAAACGGAGAGACGAUGUUUCAUCUGCAAUGCCUGUUGCAGCAGUACUUGCUGCUGUUGGAGAGCCUUGGGUUAGAUUUGUGGUGAUUGUCUCAUACACAGCCUUGGCUAUUUAUCAGCAUUCAAAAAUGAUUUCAGAAGGGAAAGAAGUUGAAGAGAUUGAACCACAUAGGAGGAAGCUUCCAGUUCCUCUUUUUCUUGCAGCUUUAGCAAUUGGCUUACGAGUUGCUGCUAACUGGGCCGGGUAUCGGCACUUGACAUGGAUGGUAGUAUGACUGCUGAUAGGUAAUUAAUCUGAGUAUGAAGAAGAUUGAGGUUUGGUGGUCUGUAAAGUUUUGAGGAAGGACAUGACUAGAUAGCUAUUUUGUUGCAAUUGUUGUAAUUGUUGUUUUUUUUUUAUCACAAGGCUGUACCUUUUCAUCCAAGCUUGUUAUUUGAGCAAUUUUGAUAUUCGAACAGUGCACUCCA